UCAAACAUAUAUACAUAUAAGACUAAUCGUGUCUCGUCAGGUUAUGUUCACUUUCACGUGUUAUAUACCAAUUUGUGGCCUUGUAAUUAACGUUACGUGCAACUACGUAUUUAUGAUUGGUUUCCUAUUAGUCAUUUUUAUUUAAGAAAAUCGUGUUUUUUAAUUCAAAAAUUUGCAGAAAAUAUCUAUUAUCUAUUUUUCAUAACUUUCAAGCGGUGUGAAAUAACGUGAAAUUAUGGAGACAUUUCUUACAGCAUCGAAAUCGGCUUUAACAAAAUUAUUUGAAUAUUCUACGAUUCGUAUCGUUCUUGGAAAUCAAUCUUGCGACUUGGAUUCGGCAGUUUGUGCUUUAGCACAAGGAUUUUGUGAAUAUUUAAAUGAAAAGAAAAAAAACAAAGAAAAUGUUGCAGUAAUACCGAUAUUAAACGUUACCAAAAAAGAGUUUCGAAUUAAGACCGAAGUCAUUUAUUAUUUCCGCCAGCAUGGAAUUUCAUACGAACUUCUAACAUUUAGGGAUGAAAUAGAUCCGAAUAUUUUAAAAGGAUAUGGCAAUAAAAUAGAAGUCGUACUCGUGGAUCAUCACGUCCUGGGGAAUGACGAUAUGACGUUGGUCAACUCGGUCGUUGAGAUUAUCGAUCACCAUCCUCAGGACGCAUCUUGGCCCUGGCACGGGAAAACGAUUCACUUAGACCUGGUCGGCAGCUGCGCCACUCUAGUCGCGCACAACCUUCUCAUCAAACAUCCCGAAUCCGUCGACGCGUGGCUGGCAAACUUCUUACGAGGCCCUAUAUUAUUGGAUACUUGCAAGUUCUCGAAAGAAGCAAACCGAACUACAUCACUUGAUCGCGAAAUUAUGGAAACUCUCGAGAGAAUCUCGUCCCUUGGUUCUGAUAGAGAUCAAAUUUAUCAGGGAAUACUAACGGCAAAAACGGACAUCAGUGAAUUAACACCCGAUGAUCUCGUACUCCGUGAUUUGAAGUUUGAAAGUAACGUACCGUUUAUUGGUUUGCCGAUAUUAAUUAAGGAUUUCCUCACUUUGGAGGGUGCAAUAGGAGCUGUCGAGAAGUUCACGGAAAGUAGAAAGUGUAUGGUAGCUAUCCUUAUGGGAAUCGCCUUGAAAAACGACCACGUGACCAGGGACAUCGCGGUCUUUUCGUUAUUGACCAAUGGUCUGGAAAAUAAAAUAAUCAACGCGUUGCUCGAAUCAUCUGAACCGCCGUUAGAACUAACAUUGGAAAAACGGAUCGAAGAAGAAAAGUAUAAUCUGUUUUAUUAUAAACAAGGAAACGUUUGCGCAUCACGAAAACAAAUAUUACCGAUAGUAAGGGAAACAUUAUCAAAGGAUCGGGAUUAUUAAUGGAAGGAAAUGUAUUAUAUAUAUAUAUAUGUAUGGUUAAAAUAGGUAAAAUAUCUCAACUUGGAUAUUUAUCACGCAUUCAUCUGUAAUUGUAGCCGUCAUAGCACGCACAGAGGAAAAAAGAAGUGACUAAUUACUGGCGUAAAAGGGUCCACCUGCGUUUCACCCUUCGCGUCCCUUUCUAUUUCUCUUUCCCCCUCGUUUUUCCUCCCUUUCCGCUUUUUCACCUUUGUUUCUUGCUCUUCCUCUCCCUAUUUUCCCUCUCUCCCUCUCUAUCUCUCUCUCCCCCUCUCUCUCCCUCUCUCUCUCUCACUCCAGGUUCAAUCGAUCGUCCUGACAUAAACGUCCAUUAUUUGAUCGGUGGUUUUAACCGAAAGGCGAACGUGGAACGAUAAACGUUAACCACACUGCCUACGCCAUUUCCGUAUUUCUUUUGAUCAUCUUCGUAUCAUAGAAUUAUGUCUUUAUCAUUCACAUCGUAUAAUAUUUGAAAUAUUAUAAUUAUGAUUUAUCAAAAUAAUAAUUUUAAUA